AUGUUAACUUACAAUAUAUUUAAUUUAACAAACUAUACCAUCAAGAGAAACUGUUGCACCAAAAACCGCCCCGACAAAGUAAAAAAACUAAAGCACCUCCAAGAUCGGUUCCAAUGUGAUGAUGGACUUCCAGUUUGGCUAAAAACACCAAGGGACAGACUUUUAUUUAAGAUUACUGCAUUGGGAUGUGCGUUUGGAGUCACGUGGGGAUUUCCCAUUCCAACUCCAACUAAACAUCCUGCAAUAGUGGCUCUAUAUAGGAGUUUGUCCGUAGGUGUUUUUAGCCAAACUGGUUGCCCAUCUGCACAUUGGUAUUGUUUUUGCAGCUUUUUUAUCUUCGCUAUCUUCUCUCGGUUAGUAACCUCAGUGACGUUCCUCCUGAACACAAUGUUCGUCAACUUUAAAAGAUCGGCUACUAACAUUUUAAUAUUUUUCGAUUUCUACGUUAAGCUCGACAAUAAAAAAUACCGAAAUAUUUGA